CUCACACACAAACACUCGCUCGACUGCGCGCCGCAAUGCAUGCCUGCUCCCACUACAGGCGCCCACACCCUGAGAGAGUCCCGCCCGACUGAACGUCGUCUCCGCUGCCGAGCUUGCCACACCGCUCUCUUCCUGGCCACCUCCACCUGGAGUCUUCCUUGCACUUGUUCGGACUUGCUCGGAGAGGCAACAUAGCACCGCGAUGAAGUACACCCUCUACGACCGCCUGCUGAAGCGGGAAGUCGGGCUGCAGCGCCGGACGUACACGGACAUACGGGGCAUCUACGGCGACCGGCAAUGGGUCGAGGACAUGGACAUUGUCAACGAGCUGGAGGGGCACAACGGCUGUGUGAAUGCGCUGAGCUGGUCGACGUCUGGCCGCCUGCUUGCGUCUGGCUCCGACGACCAUCGCAUCAACAUACACUCGUACCACCCCGAGUCGUCGACGUCGCAGUUCAGCCUCACCACGUCCAUCCUCACCGGCCACCGCUCCAACAUCUUCUCCGUCAAGUUCAUGCCCUACUCGAACGACCGCACCAUCGUCUCUGCCACCGACGACGUGCGCAUCUUCGACAUUGAGCACUCGGGGCACUCGGCCCUUGCUUCUGGCAGCAGGUCACAGCCCGGCAGGCGACGCAUAGGCAUGGCCCUGGACGGCGUCACACUCACCGAGGGGGACACCAACGCGAAGCAGUUCCGCUGCCAUACCGACACAGUGAAGCGAAUCGUAACAGAAGACAACCCAUUCUACUUCCUCACCUGCUCAAACGACGGCGACGUGCGACAGUGGGACGUCAGACAGCCCUCGAAGACAUAUCCGCUACGAGGAGACAGUCGCCUGCCGGACUGGGCGCGAGACACGGCUGCUGCGGACAAUGUGCCCCCGCCGCUCAUAUCGUACAGUCGCUAUGGCUUGGCUCUCAACACUGUCUCCUGCUCGCCGUCACAGCCGCACUACAUUGCUCUUGGUGGCGCCCAUCUGCACUGUUUCCUGCACGAUCGCCGUAUGCUGGGAAGAGACAAGAACAACGAACGGGGGUCGAGAAUGUCGAGUCCUGGCAACUGGACCGACAACGACGAUGAGUUGCUAGGCAAAGCUACACAAUGCGUGAAGAAAUUUGCGCCAAACGGCAAAAAGCACAUGCGACGAAAUGACGGGGGCCACAUCACAGCAUGCAAGAUCAGUGACGCGCAUCCGAACGAGCUUCUUGUGAGCUGGUCGCAAGAUCACAUUUAUAGUUUCGAUAUGCUCCGAACACCAGACGCAAGUGAAGAAGUUGUAACGUCGAAGGUGUCGGCAGGAAGGUCUAAUGACCGCGUAAAAGAUAAGAACAGGAAGCGAAAGCACCCAAAGUCGAGCACAGUAUCGCAAGAAGCUGCGGAACGAGCUGGCUCGCGACAGCGUACCGAAAGCUCGGAUGAAGGGCUUGCUCUGAGAGUGACAUACGGCAACGGCCAGAGUGAGGAUAUCCGAAUCGAAGCACCAGCUGCAAACCGCAUGUCACCAGAAGAAUUGGCUGACCUGCAGUCGACGGAGCACUACCGCAUUGCGAAGACGGCGGUGAGGAUGAAGAAGCGCAUUUUCGAUAUGGGUGAUUAUGGCGAGAGCGGACUGCAGUUAGCCUUCACGUCUAUCGUGGGCUUUGCGAACUCGAUUCUCUCGGAUAUGGAUGAGAUUGCACGAUCAUGGGGGUAUCCGGUAGACCCCGAUCCAGUCGAUGUUGCUGUUCAGAACAAGCUCCGCGACAGCCGUGCGGCGUCUCGUCGCUUCGUACAGGCUGCUGGGACACUGUCCCGGGUGAUGGGCGGGCAGCUACUCACUGGUUCAAAUUCUACGUCGGACGCACUCAUUGCACAGUACUUCGCUUCGAUACAGCACGCCCCAAGAGAACGUGUUGACUCGAUACCACGAAACGAACAAUUCGGAUAUGACUUCCUCAAGGCGAUUCUUUUAUGGCUCGAUAGUGGCCCGGGCGCGGUGGUGGAAGGAUUCUCCAGUCGCAGUCACAACGAUCGCCUUCCCAUCCCAUAUGACUCGGACAUGGAUGCCAUCGACGAGAUCCUGAUCCCGUACCUACUCGACCUGGCAAGCGACGAUCCAAUCGUCAACGUGGACGUGUCGAGAUUCGAAACAGAUAGUGCGAGGAUUCUCUACCCCACCGAGAAGGCUGCCGUUAUCGCCUUUUCACACGCCCUCAAAGUUCCAUUCCUUGACUUGACUGGCGUAGACGAUUCCUCCCCGAGAGACAGAUCUACGCAGUAUGAUGUGCAGAACCGCAACACGGCGAAGAUGCAAUGGGCUUUUCAGGUUGGGAGGGGCGUGCUGCUUAAUGCUGCAACGGAUGUCAAAUUCUCGUUUGUGGAUCGCGCGUUUGGUGGACGUGGAAUUUCUGACGCUAGUAUCAGGGCGGAAGAGCAGGCGUUCAUGCAGCAACAGGAGGAUAUAGAUCCGCUGGCGGAGGAAGAAUCAGUUGUGGAGGCGGAGUUUGUCCGUGGGGGUAGGGCUCGAGAGAGCGGUGGACAAGCGGAGGAGUCGUCAAGUUGGUCUACAGUGGCUGAGUCGAGUCGGGGUGGAGGUGCGACGGUUGCAAGCGACGAAGAGUCUGAAGAUGAUGAAGAAGACGAAGAUGAUGACGACGAAGAAGAUAGUGAUGGCGACGAGGAGACUUCCGACAGAGAGCACGACUCUGACGACUCAGACUCCGACGGCCUUGAAAGCGAGCGCAUGUUGUGGCGCUCAGAUUUUGGCCGCAGCAGCCAGAGAGAAAAAGUAGAGUUGGACAUACCAUGUGCACCUCACACACUUGUGUACAGAGGACACUGCAACGUCAAGACUGUCAAGGACGUCAACUACUUUGGCCUGCAGGAUGAGUAUGUGGUAAGUGGGAGCGACUCGGGACACGUUUUCAUCUGGGACCGUAAGACAGCACAGCUCGUCAACAUCCUCGAAGGCGAUGGCGAAGUAGUCAACGUUGUACAAGGUCACCCGUACGAACCUACCAUGGCCGUCUCCGGCAUCGACCACACGAUCAAGAUUUUCUCCCCCGAUGCGCGCGACCAGCGCAAUGCACGAAAAGGCGUGGGUGUCCAGUUCGCCGAUCCACAGGCAUUCUCUAGCCUCAGCUUCGGCCGCAGCAGGCGCGCUCAAUCUGCUACCCAACCCACGACUGGUGACGAAGAUGGCAGCGAUGUCGACAGUGACGAUGAGGUUGCACUCAACGGGCUGCGGAGUCGCAAGAGAAUGCAUCAGGCGUACCAGAUUACGAGCCAGAAUGAUAUGGAUCGCAAGGGGGGGCCGGAGGAUUACUUCAUCUCGCAAGCAGUUUUUGCGCAGCUUGCGAGGCAUCUUGCGGCACAGCAGGCUGCUGGUGGAGGGGACGAGGGUGGCGAGGGACCGAUUGUUGUCAAUGAAGAUAACUGCGCGAUUAUGUGAGGUUGGGUCUGUGAGUUAUGGUGGAUGUAUCUAUGCAUUGAAAGUGGAAGCUUGUACAUGUACAGAUUGGAUCAGUCAAUUGUACGC